UUUAUUUUUAUUUAGAAUUUUUCUCAUGAAGCCAAAAGUGACAGACUCAAAGCCUCCAAAGGGUUAAUUAAGUCAAUUACCAAUGGCAGCCAGGAUCCUGUCUCUCCACUGUGCCAAACUUGUCUCUCCUCCCAACUCUUCCCGCCUCAGUCAGGUGACCUGAGCAGGGACAGGGUUGAUGGGAACCCAGCCAUGUGUUCUCAGUUCCUAAACACACAGUCAGCAGCGCAGGGCCCAACGACAUGUCCUCCGAGCAGAAGGAGCUCACACAAACACCUCUGCUCAAGAUAUGGGUGCCGUGGAUGAGCAGUUCCCUAAGCCAGAGGAGAGGCUCUUCACGACCCCAGUUUACAAACUGUCCUACAAUGAUUGUGAUGGUUGGACUGCCGGCCAGGGGAAAGACCUAUAUCUCUAAAAAGUUAACCCGGUACCUAAAUUGGAUUGGAGUCCCAACUCAAGUCUUUAAUUUGGGUCAGUAUCGAAGGGAGGUUGUGCAGACUUACAAGAACUAUGAAUUUUUUCGUCCGGACAAUGAGGAGGCCAUGAAAAUCCGCAGAGCCUGUGCCUCAAGCGCUCUUAAGGACAUCGCCAAUUACUUCGAUAAGGAGCAGGGACAAGUAGCAGUGUUUGAUGCUACUAAUACCACAAGGGAUAGAAGAGGGGUCAUCAUCAGUUUUGCAAAGGAGAAGGGCUACAAGGUGUUUUUCAUUGAGUCAAUUUGUGACGACCCAGAAAUCAUUGAGGCAAAUAUAAUGCAAGUAAAAUUAAGCAGCCCAGAUUAUGAAAACUACGACAAAGAGGAAGCACUGGUGGACUUUCUGAAUCGUAUUGAUUGUUACAAAAUGUCCUAUGUCUCCCUGGACGAGGAAAAAGACAGGCACCUCUCCUUCAUUAAGAUCUUUAACGUGGGAUCCAGGUACCUCGUAAACCGGGUUCAGGAUCACAUUCAGAGUCGUAUCGUGUAUUACCUCAUGAACAUCCACGUCACUCCACGAUCCAUCUAUCUGAGCCGCCAUGGAGAAAGUGAGCUCAACCUGCUGGGACGAAUCGGUGGAGACUCAGGCCUCUCCUCACAGGGCCAAAAGUAUGCUCAGGCCCUCUCCGAGUUCAUCAGAGGUCAAUCCAUCAAGGACCUGAAGGUGUGGACCAGCCACAUGAGAAGGACCAUACAGACAGCAGAGGCACUGGGCGUCCCAUAUGAACAGUGGAAGGCGUUGAAUGAAAUCGAUGCGGGUGUAUGUGAAGAGAUGACAUAUGAGGAGAUUCAGGCAGCCCAUCCAGAGGAGUUUGCCUUAAGAGACCAGGACAAGUACCGCUACCGAUAUCCAAAGGGUGAAUCAUAUGAAGACCUGGUGCACCGUCUAGAGCCAGUCAUAAUGGAGCUUGAGAGACAAGAGAAUGUGCUGGUCAUCUGCCAUCAGGCAGUCAUGCGUUGUCUACUGGCCUACUUUCUGGACAAAAGUGCAGAUGAUCUACCAUAUCUAAAGUGUCCUCUGCAUACUGUUCUGAAACUGACUCCAUUAGCUUACGGAUGCAAAGUGGAGUCCUUCUAUUUGAACAUCCAAGCAGUGAACACUCACAGGGACAAACCCACAAAUGUGAAUAUUGCAAGAAAGCCAGAAGAAGCACUCCGGACUGUACCUGAACAUCUAUAAUCAUUAAAAAAAUCUCAAAGUUGC